UUUACAACAUUUUCAUUACAAAUUUGUUCGUUGUCGUGUUUGGUAGCAAUGGUCUUGUAUUAAAAAUAUAUUUUAUAUUGUAAAAUUGGACUUCAAAAUAUUGCAAAAUUGCAAGUAUUUAAAAUUUAAUUGAAUUCGCAAACGAGAAAGCGGCAAUCAACUCAGUUUCAGUGUAAACUAGUAAGAUACUGCGUAAUAUUAUUGCUUAUACGUACAUGCGUGCAUACAUACAUACAGUAUAGAUAUACAACAUUAAUUGUUUAAAAUAACACAAGACAACAACAAAUACACAAAGACAAGCCAUUUUAUUUUGUUAUUGAUUUAGUUACGCUAACGGAUUAACAAUACAACAGUAUAAAGCAACAAAUUCUCAGAUAAUUAAAUUAUACAGAACUAUUACUUUGAACGGAACAUUGCUUGUAUGACAUAUCUGCAGUAUAUGUUGAUAAUAGAUGCAUAAUCGCUUAAAAGAAAUAAAAGAGAUAACACCCAGAAACGUUUCAAGACAAUCAUCUUAAAUUCUUCUAUAGAAGUUGAAGGUACAUCUAUACCAACAGCAUUAUAAUGAAUGUGACAGAAGGCUAUUUUGACGAACAUUUCAUCCAAAUUUAUACACAUUUAGUCCAUAACUAUGUGCCGGAUUUUUUUACAAGCUUUGAAUAUACUCCUUGGAUAUUUUCAUUGCUUGGUUCAGUAGUUAUAGGCUUAAGCGGUAUUUUACCACUACUCAUUAUACCCACGGAAGAAAAACUAGCCAAAGAAGGCUACAAAGAUCCUGCUGAAUCGAAGUUCCUAAAGGUAUUAUUAAGUUUCGCUGUAGGCGGACUACUAGGCGAUGUAUUUUUGCAUUUACUACCAGAGGCAUGGGAGGGAGAAAGUUUGAGCUCUACUUCUGGUCAUCACUCAUUAAAUUCUGGUCUUUGGGUACUUGCGGGUAUAUUGAUAUUUACAAUUGUUGAAAAAGUAUUUUCUGGUUAUGCAAAUGCAGACGAAGAAAACCCGCAACCAAAAUGUGUGGAAAUAGCGAAUUGCCUUUUGCGUAAAACAGGCGGGAAAUUCAUUGAGGGCGAAACAUCAGAGAAAUGCGCUGGUUCCUGUGAUAUUGAAGACGUGCCAAAUGGUUGUUAUUUGCGUGAACGUGAACAAAAGCAGAAAGAGCAACCAAAAAAAGUUGCAGGAUAUUUGAAUUUAAUGGCUAAUUCCAUUGACAACUUCACACAUGGACUAGCAGUGGCUGGUUCAUUUUUGGUGUCCUUUAGGCAUGGAGUAUUAGCAACUUUUGCUAUUUUAUUGCAUGAGAUUCCACAUGAAGUUGGAGACUUCGCUAUUUUACUACGUUCUGGUUUUAAUCGCUGGGAUGCAGCACGUGCACAACUUCUUACUGCUGGUGCAGGUUUAAUGGGUGCUUUGGUAGCCAUAGGUGGUUCGGGAGUUACAUCCGCUAUGGAAGCUCGAACUUCUUGGAUUAUGCCAUUUACUGCUGGUGGUUUUCUACACAUUGCUUUAGUAACAGUAUUACCUGAUCUAUUAAAGGAAGAGGAACGUAAGGAAUCAAUAAAGCAACUAGUUGCACUGAUAUUUGGAAUUGGAUUGAUGGCGCUUAUGACCGUAUUAUUUGAAUAAGAUAAAUUGCUUACAAAAGAAAAAAUAACUAUAAAAAAAUUCAGUGAGUGGUAGUGGUAGUGGGUGAUGUUUGUAGAAGAUUUAUUUUGUAAUUGCUGCGCAAUGCAAAACCGAAAAGUACAAAGUUCUGUUGU